UUUUCACUAGCUGAUGCUUUUUCAAUGAAAAUUUUCAUAAGUUUUCUGCCCAAAAUAAAAUAAAAAUUUGUAUUUAAAAUUAAAAUUGUGUAUAAUACAAAAAAGAUGUAACAUUUAAAAAAAGUAUAAUGUCACUAAAAAUCACAUUCGCAUGCAAAAAAAACAUUUCCUUUAGGCCAUUAACAAAGACGACAAAAUAAAAAAAAAUUGUUACCAAUUUGUAUUAUUUUGUAAAAACCUUUAAAAAGGAUUCCAAAAUAAAAUCCAAAUUAUUGUGCUUACCAUUGAUUCUCGGGUAGUUUUAAUUGUGUAUAAAUAACAAUAUGUCGAAAAUGGAAACUGAUUCUGAAAGUGCUAAAUCUGUCCAAGCAGACGAUCAAAGCAGCUCGGACUCUAGCAUGAUAGUCAACACCAAUAGUAUACUAGAAAAAAUUGCAAAUCUCUAUGCCGAGCAGUUGAUGUCUGAUAUUGUCCUUGUUGUUGGUGGCAUAGAAUACCCAGCACAUCGAGUUAUUCUCUGCGCUAGCAGUGAAGUAUUUCAGGUCAUGUUGAUGAAUCCAGAAUGGAAUGAAUGCCGAAAAAGAAUCAUUGAACUCUACGAAGAGCCCUUCUGUGCUGCAGUGUUUCCACAAUUCCUUAAAUAUUUAUAUGUUGGCCAGUUAAAGGCCACCUUGCAGUCUGUGAUGCCUGUGUUGGCCUUAGCUGAUAAAUAUAACGUAAAGGAUUUAGUUGGACUAAGUGUAAAUUUCAUGCUUUCACACACGGCAAUGGCAGCAGCGCAGGGUUAUUUGGUUUCUUGGUUGCAAUAUGCGCUAACUUUUAGUCCAUAUCAUAAAGAUCUCACCGAAACGUUGAAAAACUUUCUCAAAUGGAAUCUGGAAAUGGUCAGCGAGUCGAAGGAUUUCGUUGAACUUGACACUCAGAUUAUGAUAUUGUUGUUGCAACAAAAUGAUAUUAUCGUUACCAGCGAGAUAAGUUUGUUUGGCAUUUUGCAAAAAUGGCUGUUACAUAGAAAAGAAAUGCUUGACAAUGAAGAGAGCCUGCAGAAGGAGGAGAAAGAGGUUAUAUUGAAACAGUUAAUAGAGACAACUGUUAUGCAUAUACGUUUUGCCAUGAUGACACCCAGAGAACUGGCGCAUUUAUUAUUAUAUCCCAUUCUUGCCUAUCACAAAGAGUUUAUUGUUCAGAGAAUGGCUAUUGGUAUGAGUUAUCAUUCAGGGCAAGAAGAUCGUGUAAAUGAAAUCAGAAAGUCGAAAUCGGGAAGUUUGCAAUUCACACCACGCCUAUAUUCGAAUGACUUAUGGAGCGUUAGUUUUGACAUAAAGGAUUAUUAUCAUAUUCCAGACUAUACAAAUUACGUAGCUUGUUUUUUCUCCCAAAGAAAUUUGGCCGAACGAGAAGAUGAUCAAUCUGUAACGUGGGAUAUUGAGUUUUUCCCUCGAGGAGUCAAAUACAAUAAAGCGAAAAUGGUUUGGGGCGAAGAUUUGCCAGAAUUUUCAUUGCGUACAGUACGCAUUCGGGUUACCUGCAAAGAAAAUUGUCUCGGCGAAGAAAGAUUUAAGGUUGCUGUUUUAAUCAGUGGCAUGCAACACGAUAUAAUCCACAUUUUAACUGUGGCAGAAAAAACGGAAUAUUUUUCAGAUAAAAGUCGUGUUCUUAAUUUAGAUAAUUUGUUGCCAUAUGAAGAUACUCCAAAAAGUGACCCAAAAAAAGAAAUUCCCCAUCUCAUUGGACCAAGUAAAAAUAAUUUAAGUCUACAAGUUAUAAUUGCACCAAUGGGACCCUAUACGAGUAGAGAAUCGCCGCCUUUUGAUCUUAAAUAAUAACCAACAGCUUAAGUGUAUAACGUACGAAUUUGUGAAUAUUAAAACAAUACAUUAAAAUGUUGUUUAUAAAUUGAAAAUUAAAA